AUGGUGCGCGGUAAUCUUCCUCAUAAGAUCAAGCGUCUUCAUGAGCAAUACGGCGAAAUCGUUCGCGUCGCGCCUGACGAGCUAUCUUUCAUCAAUCCCGACGCUUGGCGGGAUAUUUACAGUAAAGGGCGCGAGUUUGUCCGCCCAGACGAAUACAAGGAUCAACCGCCUGGCAAAACAGCCGCCAAUCUGAUCGCAUGCUCAGAACCAGAACACGCUCGGCUGCGAAAAAUACUCGCGCCUGGAUUUUCUGAACAAUAUGCUAUGGAACAAGAGCCUUUCAUUCAGUCCUACGUUGAUAAGUUAUUUGAGAGGCUGGACGAUCGUCUCCAAAAUGAAAAAAUCUCAACUGUUGAUGUCAUUGAAUGGAUCAACUAUCUUGCCUUUGACGUGAUUGGAGAUUUAACAUGGGGCUCUUCCUUUGGGUGUUUAGAUGGCCUGACAUACCACCCGUGGGUUCAAACUGUUGGGCAGUUCAAGGUUGCAAUCAUCGUAGGGGCACUCAAGUUCUACCCGCCCAUCUACUCCUUUCUCAUGGCAAUCACACCACCCUCAGCACUACAGGCUGUAAUGGAUAUGUGGAAACUGACAGAACAAAAUGUUCGCGAACGAGUCGCCGGCGGCGCAAGCCGUCCCGAUUUAGUUGGCACAAUGAUGGCAUCUGAGUCCAUGACUCAAGAAGAAAUGGAAGUAAAUUCCAUGAUGAUUGUAGCUGCGGGAAGUGAAUCCAUUACCACAGUCCUGACCGGAGUAAUCAAUCAUCUCCUUCGCAGCCAGGACAAACUCAACACGCUUGUCCAAAUCCUCCGGACCACAUUUCCAUCGGAGCAGGAGAUAACCGGGUCCGCCUUGAAAUCGGUCCCCUAUUUGGAUGCAGUGUUAUCUGAGGGCAUGCGACUCUGCCCUACAAUCCCAGAUGGCAUGCGUCGUAAUGUGCCUGUCGGCGGAGCAACCAUUGCUGGCCAAGUUAUUCCUGGCGGGGUGGUGGUCUCGGUUCCCCCGUUCGCAAGUUAUCGCGCAUCGCGUAAUUUCACACAUGCGGAGGAUUUUGCUCCGGAGCGCUGGCUUGGUGAAGAUGUGCAAAGUUCAAAAUUCCAAGGCGAUAGCAAAAUUGCGUUUAAUCCUUUCUCAUUGGGCGCACACAACUGUCCGGGGCAGAAUCUGGCAUGGUUGGAGCUGCGGAUCAUCCUGGCACGGUUGCUGUGGAGAUAUAAUCUGUCCAUUCCGCCUGGCGUUGAGCUGCCUCAAUGGGAAGACCAAGGUAUCUGGUGGUUUUGGGAUAAGCAACCUAUGAUGGUGCGUUUCCAAAAGUUUCGGUAA